UCUCCACUCCGGGCUGCAGCGCUCCUCGCGGGUGAGCGGGCGGCACUGGGGAGGGGGGACCCAGGACCUCCGGGCGGCGGGAUGGCAGCGGCGGCGUGCGCAUCCCCAACCAGGCCCAGCCUGACCUCCAUCUCGUCCGGGGAACUGCGCAGCCUGUGGACGUGCGACUGCGAGAUGGCCUUACUACCGGUGGCCCAGCUGCUGCGCCUGCUGCCCGCCGCCCUCCAGCUGCGCGGCGACCAGCUCACGGUGCUCGGGCCCGAAGAGCCAGCGGCCGCGCUCGGGGGCUUCAACGUCUUCGGCGACGGCCUCGUGCGCCUGGACGGCCAGCUCUGCCGCCUCAGUCGCUACAUCAAGAGAUAUGUGGAACUGACCAACUACUGUGAUUAUAAAGACUACAGGGAAAUGAUAUUGAGUAAACCGAUGCUGUUCUUUAUUAAUGUAGAGGCCAGAAAAGACACCUCAAAAGAAAGAACAUAUGCCUUCCUUGUGAACACAAGGCACCCCAAGAUAAGAAGACAGAUAGAGCAAGGGAUGGACAUGGUCAUUUCCUCAGUGAUUGGAGAAAGCUACCGGCUCCAGUUUGAUUUUCAAGAGGCAGUGAAGAAUUUUUUCCCUUUGGGAAAUGAGGUGGUUAAUGGAGAAAAUUUGAGCUUCGCCUAUGAGUUCAAAGCUGACGCAUUAUUUGAUUUCUUCUAUUGGCUUGGGCUCAGCAAUUCCACUGUACAGGUGCAUGGAAAAGUGCUGAAUUUGUCAAGUUCAAGUCCAGAAAAGAAGGAAACAAUUAAACUAUUUCUGGAAAAAAUGAGUGAACCAUUGAUCCGAAGGAGCAGUUUCUCUGACCGAAAAUUCAGUGUAACUUCCAGAGGUUCAAUAGAUGAAGUUUUUAACUGCAGUCUGUCACCAAGAUCAUCUUUGAUGGAGCCUCUUUUGGCAGAACUACCGUUUCCAAGGGUUCUGGAAUCUGAAGAGACACCUAACCAGUUUGUCUGAUUGGACUGGACCUGUUCUUAUUCCUCCUACACUCCAGACUGACCAAAGGUUGAGGGGAGCUGGGAGGUGGGAGGAGGUGGGAGGCGGGCCUUCCACCUGCUGGUCCACCUUCUGCUCCUUGGAGUGCUCCUCUCCCUGUUCUAUGGGUACUGCCUCAGUAGGCCCCACGCAACUGAUUUCAGGGUGGGAGAGGCCUGGCCACAUGGCUAGGGUAGCCUCUCCUUUGCACACUUCUCCAAAGAGGUAGAGCGACUGGCAGGGCCCUGAGUGCUUCAUGUGGGAUGUUGGCACCCUGGGAGUUUCCCUGGCAGCUUCUUCAGGACCAGUCUGACUUGGGCGUUGACCAUGAUGCUUCAUAAAUUGGGGUUAGGCCCUCUGCUUGGGACACCCUUGUCUGAACCUGAACUCAAGCCACCCUGGGUUGAGUUUAGGUCCCCUGGCCUAAAAUCUGAACUCCGUUGACCUCCCUCUUAACAAAGUGUCCUGUGUAGAAAGAGGCCAGGGGAUGUGCAGACAUUCACAGGAGGAGGAUCAUGAUCAUGGCAGUGUCCUCUUUAUUGAAAGCACAUUGUGUCAGUUGUGUAUUUUUUUUACUUUUUUAUUGAAUUUAUUGGGGUGACAUUGGUUAAUAAAAUUAUAUAGGUUUCCGGGUUACAAUUCUACAGUACAUCAUCUGUAUGUUGUAUUGUGUGUUCACUACCCCAAGUCAAGUCUCCUUCCAUCACAAUUUAUUCCCCCUGUACCAUCUGGGUAUUUCAAAUAAGCUUUUAGCAACCCUAACACUAAAAGCAAAAUAGAAAAAAGCUAUACAACAUUACCACAAUACAUUGAUACAUCAAUGCAUUUUUCUCCUCAUAGCUACAGUGGAACUCUUUGAAAAGAAAAAAAAAACUCAUCUAUAUAUAAAAUUUGCAUGAAUAAAUAACUGUAUAUGCUUAUAAUGAGGAAGAUUUCUGGGUCUUGAGUAUAAUUUUUAUAUGCUUUAAAAAAAUUUCCUGUAUUUCAAUAGCACUACUGAUUGUCUUUUAUAUUUGAAAUAUUAUGUAUUACCUUUGUGCAAUUCAAUUUUUCUUAUC